AUGCAUACCCUACAGCAGUUGUUGAGACGUGUUGAUAGAAAAUUGGUUCAACCUGAUGUGGUAAUGUAUAGUGUGAUUAUUGAUGGUAUGUGCAAAGAUAAACUUGUUAAUGAUGUUGUUGAUUUAUAUUCUGAAAUGGUUACUAAGAGAAUUUCUCCGAACAUUGUAACUUACAACACUUUAAUUCAUGGCUUUUGCAUUGUGGGUCAAUUGAAUGAUGCAUUUGGUUUGUUGCAACUCUUUAUUUUCGGCAUUAUGGCCCGAAAGGGAGUGACUCCUGACACCGAUAGCUAUAUUAUCAUGAUUAAUGGAUUUUGUAAGAUUAAAAUGGUGGAUGAAGCCAUGAAUCUCUUUGAAGAAAUGCAUUGCAAACAAAUUUUUCCUAAUGUGGUAACUUACAAUUCCCUUAUUAAUGGUUUGUGCAGAUCGGGGAGAAUCUCAUAUGCUUUGGAGCUUGUCGAUGAAAUGCAUGAUAGAGGUCAACCACCUAAUAUAAUUACUUACAACUCUAUAUUGGAUGUUUUAUGCAAGAACUAUGAUGUUGACAAGGCAAUUGUAUUUUUAACAAAACUUAAAGACCAGGAUAUUCAACCAAGUAUGUACACGUACAAUAUUCUUAUCUAUGGAUUAUGUAAAGUUGGAAGGCUAAAGGAUGCACGGAAGGUUUUUGAAUAUCUUUUGGUCAAAGGCUGCAGUCUUGAUGCAUAUACAUAUACCAUUAUGAUCCAUGGGUUUUGUAGCAAGGGCUUGUUUGGUGAAGCAUUCACCUUGCUGUCAAAAAUGAAAUAA